UUUAGUUUGACUUUGACAGUUCUUGAGAUUCUCAACAAUAAUACCGAGAAACAACAAGUUUUAUUUGUUUAAUUAUUACACAAAAAUCAAUUCCAUUCAAGUAAAUUAUCAAAAUCAAACAAACAAAAUGACUGACUACGAUUCGGACGAGGAAAAAUCUCAAAUGGAGAAACUCCAAUAUGCAGAUGUUAAGCCGGGAAUGUUUGUCAGCGGCUGGGACGAUGAGAAUGACCUAAUCGAAGAGGACAAAGAUCCUCAAGCAAGCUUAGAACGAUUGAUAUUAUGGUCAGUUAAUGAAGGUCAGAUAGACAAAGUUCGUGAAAUUCUUGAACUUAAUCCGGAAACAGUAAAUGCAGUCGAUGAGGAUGGAUAUACUCCUUUGCAUAGAGCUUGUUACAAUAAUUUCGUUGACAUUGCCAAACUCUUGCUUCAAUACAAUGCCAAUUUGAAUGCCCAAACUGAAUUGAAAUGGACUCCACUGCAUUCGGCUUGUAAAUGGAGCAACGCUGAAUGUGCUGCAUUGCUUCUUCAGCAUGGAGCUGAUGUUAAUGCCAAAUCAGAUGGCUUACAGACUCCACUUCAUGUUGCUGCAACAGUUUCCAAUUGUCGCAAUACAGCAAUGACACUUCUGCUGGAUAGAAAUAUCGAUGCUCAAGCUCGGAAUAAUUCAGACGAAACUGCUGCGGUGAUUGCAAGACGAACAGGAAUGACAUAUCCAGUUUUUGAAAUUGGACUACCAGCAUUUCAAGUAGAAACUGGGUUAAUUGAUUAAUACAAAUAUUUUAUUUAACUAAAUUAGAUUUUAAAAUAUACUUACAAAAUAUCCAAAAAUGGUUUUUUGUCCAUAAUUAAGAACAUGUUUCAAUCAAAUAUUAAGUCCAUCAUCUUUAAUAAAAUUCGCCUUAAAAGUAA